AGUCGGCCACUAUUUGUUUUCUCUGGGUUUGUUGCUCAGCUAGCGCGGGAACUCUCGGCAGAGAGUCGUGGGAUGAGAAAAGGUCCGGGGGAACAAUGGAUCCUUCGGAGGUUGAGUUUCUAUCCGAGAAAGAGUUUGUGAAAAUAAUCCCGAACUUCAGCCUGGAUAAAAUCUAUUUAAUCGGGGGCGAUCUGGGACCCUUCAACCCCGGACUUCCUGUUGAUGUCCCCGUGUGGUUGGCGCUGAACCUCAAGCAGAGACAGAAAUGUCGGAUUCUUCCGCCUGAGUGGAUGGAUGUCGAGAAACUGGAGGCGAUGCGAGAGCUUGAGAGGAGAGAAGAGGCCUUCGCUCCCGCUCCCAGUCCAUAUUAUAUGGAGCUGACCAAGCUGUUGCUCAACCACGCUUCCGACAACAUUCCUAAAGCGGACGAGAUCCGAACGCUGGUCAAAGACAUCUGGGACACCCGGAUCGCUAAGCUGCGUCUGUCUGCCGACAGCUUCAUCAGGCAGCAGGAGGCUCAUGCUCAGCUGGACAACCUGACUCUGAUGGAGAUCAACACCAUACGCCAGUUCCUCCUCGACUCUCUCAACUGCAUGUACAAGCUGCGCUCCAACCGGCAGCCCGCCUCAGCCAAGAGCCGGCUCGCCGACUACUGAUCCAGAUCGCCGAGGAAUCACAGAUGUCGCCCGGAGAUUUUUAAGAGGACCGGACUUUAACCUUUGACCUAUCCCGUUGCGACUCACGAGGCGCUGCAUUUCUGGAAGCCGCGGUUUGUUUUUUUAAGGAAUCCCACGCCUUUUGUGAGGAAGAUUAGCAUUUAUAAAAAAAAAAA